AAGAGGAUUGCAAUUGCAUCGCAAUGCAAAGUUAAGGGGCUCGUGCUGAAGAUCCAUUCAUAUUGCUACUUUACUACCCCUGCUGCUGCUGCUGCUUCUAUUGUUGUUGUAAUUGUUGUUGUAAUUGUUGUGGAUGUUGUUGUUGUAGCGAUGCAUGCUUGUUUGCUGUGUGGGUUUUGCUUCCGAAUGUGAAGCUGUGGGUAGUUUGUUUGAUACUCCCCCCGUUGGGACCAAGCUUGCUUACUUGCUUGCUUGGCACCAUGAAGUCUGCGGAGACCGAGACCGAGGGCGCAUGUUCCUCGUCGCGUUCGGGCUCGGGCUCGGCAUCGGGAUCGUAUUCCGGUGCGGAGAUCGGAGCGGUUGGAAUCGGUGUGGUGGGACGUAGUCGACGGAAGAGGAGCUCACGCAUGCGUACUUUUAGCUCGGGCACGGCAGCGUUGGCUCUCGUUGUGUCCACUGCGGAGGGCCAGACGCGAGAGCGGAAACAUGAGCGGAGCUCGCAGUACAGAGGUGUUACUAAGCAUCGUGGGACUGGACGCUUUGAGGCUCACUUGUGGGACAAGACGGGAUGGAACCAGAAGCAGCACAAGAAGGGGAAGCAAGUGUAUCUUGGUGCCUAUGAGAAAGAGACUGCUGCUGCUCGGGCUUAUGACAUGGCCGCUCUCAAAUACUGGGGCCCUGAGACAGUGAUCAACUUUGAGUUGGAGGAUUACACCCAAGAGCUGAAAGAAAUGGCCAAGAUUUCCAAAGAGGAAUAUCUCGCCACUCUUCGCAGGAAGAGCACUGGUUUUUCAAGAGGAGUUUCCAAGUAUAGAGGUGUUGCAAGACACCAUCACAAUGGACGGUGGGAGGCCCGCAUCGGGCGAGUGGAAGGAAAUAAAUACCUAUAUCUGGGAACGUUUGGUACACAAGAGGAAGCCGCUGAAGCUUACGAUAAGGCUGCGAUCAAAUACCGUGGUGCCGCUGCCGUCACAAAUUUUGAGUUGACUCACUACCCUGAGCUUGCAAAGGACAUUCCAUUGAAACAAAGGCGAAAGAACUGCGUCACAACGGCCACUUCUACAGACAGCAAGCCAGUCACAAAAGUGGAUGGAAGUCCAUCUAACAAUCCAGACGUACUGGAGAAGGCGAACCAGAGUAACGUUCAUGGGCUAAAGAUGAUCCAAUGCCCUCAACCUCCAUCUUGCUUGGACGAUUUGGACGAUUUUCAUGUGCAAAGGAAGCACCGUCUUCAAUUCAAGCAAGAGGCCCAAAGGAUUUCUUUAGAUGAUUUCUGUUUUGAAGGGCAUUCGGAGGAUGUCCACACGAAGAGCGCAAGGAAUUUCUGCUCUUUCUCUCAUAUAAAAGAUGAAGACCUUCCUGACUUUUACACAGACCCUGAAGACUUGUCGAUAGAUUAUUUAGACUCGAAAGCUGAUGUGUUGGGGGUCGACUAUGAGGACUAUUGGCUUGCGGAUUUGGACAGUGUGUAUUCUGGCUGCAGUUCGUGUAUGUUAGAAGGUGUUCAAUCGCCCAUUCUGGCCCGUGGGUGAAUACCACUCUUUGGAUGAGAUUGUAUACUAAUUUAGUAGGGUGCAAGCGUCACAGUUGUUGAGGUUAGUGAGGAUAAUGGGUAGCAUAGAAAAACCACAUUACAAGAAGUCCACCACUUCUAGGAUAGUACUAGGCUUAGACCUAAUUUUGAGGUAUGUAAGAUAUACAGGUGGAUUGGUGGAUGCUUCCAAUUUUCAAAAGAAAGUAAACUCCAUUUUUUUAUUUUCAGGAGUGUGUUUUGAUC